AAUCAAUCAAUAAUCUUUCAUCAAUUGAUCAAUAACUGUAACUGUAACUGUAAUGCUUCUACAUCGAAGUUGAAGACGAAGAAGAUGUCAUUGAAACGCUUACAAUCAGCUCGCAAUCUCUAUCAUUCAUCUCAGAUUCGACCAUCGCAUCUUCUUGGUAGCUUCAGAAACUAUUCCAAUGCUUUAUCAAACGCUUCUGAUUUGUUUAAACCCAACGAUGGAUUUUCAUUCGCUAAUGUUAAAACUUUGACAUUUCGAUCUACAAUGGCUGCGGAGUUUUCCAUUUUCAUGAAUGAUAGAAAGAUGUCAACUAGUGCAGUGAAAGUCAGACCUAAUGCACAAGUCCGCCCUAUGGGAGCACAGAUUUGCCUGUCAAGUCCAGGAAUUAUCUAUGAACCUUACGAACCUCGUGAGAAAAUCCCAUUUUGGAAAAGGAUGUUCACUAGAAGUGGUUGGGAAAGAACGAAAAGCGACUUAAUGAUGGAGGUCAAAAAUGCCUAUACCAUUGCAAGGUUAAGAAAAACAGGAUAUUCAAAGAAACAGUUCUAUCUAGAGGCUAUCAGUAUGUACAAGCAGAUAAACACACUUAUAGCUAAUGGUGACAAACACUCAUUAAGGAAAGCAGUUACUGAGAAGAUGUUUUCCACACUUAAGAAUGAAAUUAAAGUAAGAGAAACUACAUGGAGCAGGGUUUAUUGGGAAAUGGUUGAGCCUGUUGUUUUGAUACGAACUCUGCGUGCUCGUAUGCUUGGAGUUGACAAAAGUGACACGAAUAAAGUAUUUUAUCAGAUUACCCUUGAGAUUUUGGCUAAACAAAAAUUUGAAGCAUAUGACUCAAAAGGUUCUGUUGUUGCUGGAGAUAAAAACAAGGAGGUUCUUGUUCGUGAUAUAUGGAUAUUUGAGAAGCCUUCGUUUCUUCCUAGAUCAUACUGGCGUCUUUGUGGACGGAUAUCUCCAAAAGCAUCGUAGUUAUCUCCAUGAAAGAAGAGACCAAAAUUUAUGGUAGUUAUAUAUGUUCAUAAAUUGUAACUUAUUAUUGUUGAGUUGAUUUGCCACAGCAAUCUUUUACUUGGUUCCUUUGGAGACAAGUUCAUCUUAGAGAGGAGUUUUGUUUUGGAAUAAAAUCGAAUAUAGGUUUAAACCUAUCCAAAUUUUGUUUUUGAAUGAAAUUAAUUUAGAGAUUUUCCUCCUUU